GAGUAUAUUAUCUCAUCAUUGAGUUAAAGAUUGUUUUAGCAUUUUCAUCAAGCGAAGUGCAUUUUUUUGCCCAUGCAUGACUGAGCACUUGACAAGCAAGUUAUUGCAGUACGAUAUGAAAUUUAAAACAAAAUCUGAGAAAAACUGAUGGCAAUAAAAUGGACAUCGCAGCACUGAAGUUGCGGCGAGAGGAGUUACUGAGACAGGUCGCGGCUGACAUGGAGAGACUCCGAAAGCUGAAAAUGGUCAAAAUGUACCGAACAAAGAACGACUUAUCGGAACUGCAAGACCUGAUCGACAAAUGGCGCACUGCCUGCCAGACGGCCCUGGAAGAGCUGCACCACAUGACGUCAGAGCCCAGGCCGCCAAUGGGGAAGCUGAUUUCGGACUGGAAGGUCAAUCCCGAACUUGUGCAAUUCGAUGUGGAGACGGACUCGUUCCUAUAAACAUAAGCUGAGAUGGUUUCCGCCCUCGAGUACCACCAGCGAAUAAACUCAGUUCGCUCGACCAUGUUUUAACCCGAGAAGCCUGUCAUUGGCUUAAUAUAAAGACAGUUUGCAUAACAUCUGAAAGGAUAUAUAUCGCGAGCAUGGGCUGCCCGUAUAAGUUGUUCGUAUUAUUCCGUACAAAAUUAAUGCGCAAAAGUAGACU